UCCUAUCCUAUUUUCCCCAACACACAAGUCACCCAUAGAGAAAAAAAAAAAAAACAAUCUUCUUCUCCUUGUACAUCUCUCCUCAUAGCCACAACAACAAUGGCGUCUCUCCUCGCGAACGGCAUCUCCAGCUUCUCACCACAACCCACACCCCUCGAUUCCUCCAAAUCCCCAAAAUCCUUCCUCCCAAAACCCGACUCCUUCAAAUUCCCCUCUUCCUCAAAAACCCUAAUCCCAUCUCCACGCCUCCUCAGACUCAGAGCCGACGUCGGCACAAUCGAAUCCAACCCCUCAGGUAACUCCUCAUCCUCAACAACCUCCUCAUCAUCCACCGAUAAACUCCAACAAUACUUCCAAAACCUAGACUACGACAAAAAAUACGGAUUCGUCGAAGACAUCGACUCCUUCACAAUCCCCAAAGGCUUAUCCGAAGAAACGAUCAAAUCAAUCUCAAACCUCAAGGAAGAGCCAGCCUGGAUGCUCGACUUCAGGUACAAGGCCUACGCCAAGUUCCUCACCCUAAAGGAGCCUCAAUGGUCAGACAACCGUUACCCUCCCAUCGACUUCAACAACAUGUGCUACUACUCCGCCCCCAAAAAGAAACCGACUCUCAACAGCCUCGACGAAGCCGACCCCCAGCUCCUCGAGUACUUCGACAAACUCGGCGUGCCGUUAACGGAGCAGAAACGGUUAGCUAACGUCGCAGUCGACGCGGUCCUCGACAGCGUCUCCAUCGCCACUACGCACAGGAAGACGCUGGAGAAGUCCGGCGUCAUCUUCUGCUCGAUAUCCGAGGCGAUCCGUGAGCAUCCUGAUCUGAUCAAGAAGUAUCUCGGGAGAGUCGUGCCUAACGACGAUAACUACUAUGCUUCUUUGAACUCCGCCGUGUUCAGCGACGGAUCUUUCUGUUAUAUCCCUAAGAACACCAGGUGUCCUAUGCCGAUCUCGACUUAUUUCCGGAUCAACGCCAUGGAGACUGGCCAGUUCGAGAGGACGCUGAUCGUUGCCGAGGCAGGGAGCUUCGUUGAGUAUCUUGAAGGGUGUACCGCUCCUUCUUACGAUACGAAUCAGCUCCACGCGGCGGUUGUUGAGCUUUACUGUGGGGAAGGAGCUGAGAUUAAGUACUCCACUGUGCAGAACUGGUACGCGGGGGAUGAGGAAGGGAGAGGAGGGAUUUACAAUUUCGUCACGAAGCGGGGGCUUUGCGCUGGGGACAGGUCCAAGAUCUCGUGGACGCAGGUGGAGACGGGGUCGGCGAUCACGUGGAAGUAUCCGAGUGUGGUUCUGGAAGGGGAUGAUUCUGUUGGGGAGUUUUACUCUGUGGCGUUGACGAAUAACUAUCAGCAGGCGGAUACGGGGACGAAGAUGAUUCAUAAAGGGAAGAACACGAAGAGUAGGAUCAUUUCGAAAGGUAUAUCGGCGGGGAACUCGAGGAACUGUUACCGUGGUCUUGUUCAGGUUCAGUCCAAAGCUGAGAAUGCUAAGAACACUUCGGUUUGUGACUCUAUGCUUAUUGGUGAUAAAGCAGCUGCUAAUACCUAUCCUUACAUCCAGGUUAAGAACCCAUCGGCGAAAGUUGAGCAUGAAGCGAGUACUUCGAAGAUUGGAGAAGAUCAGCUUUUCUAUUUCCAGCAGAGAGGAAUUGAUCAUGAGAGAGCGUUAGCGGCGAUGAUCUCUGGGUUCUGCAGAGAUGUUUUCAACAAGCUGCCUGAUGAGUUUGGAGCCGAAGUUAACCAGCUUAUGAGCAUCAAGCUUGAAGGAUCGGUGGGUUAGAAAACAGAGAGACUCACAGUUACAGGAGAUUAUAAAAACAGUCUUUGUUGUGCAUCUCAAUAAACCUUUUCUUCUGGGUGUUUUUACCUAGUUUCAGUAUGUAAUACUUUGUGCUAUGUAAUGUUUUUGAUAGCUUCAUGUGAACCAUAUGACAGGCAUUGUUAAUAUUAUAACACUUGCUUAAAACGUGAAAACAAUAAUGUUUACAUUAA